CUUGUUCAUCUCCCCUCCCACCCAGCUCGGCGAACGGUCUUCUCGGCUGAACUCAGUCACUUCCCAACUUGCUAGUAAGCCAUCAUUUGCAGUCUGUUCCUAGACGACAACAAUUAUUGCACGCGCGAACUCUUGCUUGCGACUGUUGCCCUUUGCGACAGCUACCCUCGCCCUACAGAUAGCCCCGGCCUCCCGCGGGGAAGCUGACGUCAUCCUGUUGACUUGCAGCGGCCUGCUGUGCAACAAUGUCGGCAAUCUACCGCGACAGGGAGUUUCGGUACUCACGAGACCGCAGCCCCUCGCCAGAGGAUGAGCGAUACAAGACCACCACUGUGAGACGCUACAAGGUCGCCGGAGCUGGGUCUUCGAACGGCAGCCGCGUCAUCGAGCGCUACGACGAAGAAGACGACGACCGCCGCUCCAAGUACUCACACUCCCACUAUGGCCGAAGCCCACAUGAGCACGUCGAAGUCGAGCGCCGUGAGAAGACCACGUACCUGCCAGAGCGACCAAGAUCAGCAUUCGACCCUCCCACGGAGCGCAUAAGGGAGCGCGAUGUCUCUUACUAUCGAGGCGGCGAUGAUGAUCGUUACCGUGUCGAAGUCGAGGAGGACCUGAGGAUCAAGUCACCUCGCCACUGGGACAGACCUUCGCGCCCAUGGGAUGAUGAUGUUCACGUGGAGAAGCGUAUUGAGAAGCGCGUGGAGAAGUAUGAGGCUGAUGGCGACGUGACGGUGGAGAAGAAGGUGGUCGAAAUUGAUCGCGACGAGCCUCGAUCGCCUAGGGACAAGGAGUUACGUGUGGAGCGCCGCAUCAUUGAGGAGAGUGAUGCGCACGAUCAUGAUAUUGAGCGCUACCGCAAGGAGGUUGAGUACUACUCUGCACCCGAGCCACCGCCGGCCCCAGUCAUUAUUCGUGCACGAGCACCCGAACAAAAGAUCAUUGUCCAAGAAGCUCCGCCGCCAGCUCCGAUUGUUCUUCCGCGACAAGACCCUAGCUACAUUGUCUUGAGAGAAGAAAACCAGCAGGUCGCUCGACGAGAGCCUCGCUACGAUGAUGAUUAUUACCGGCGAGAGGAGGCAUACGCUUUGGAGCGCCGGGACCGUGAACGGCGCUAUCGUGAGGAGGAGCGACGUGGUGAUGACGAGGCCUACGACGAGGACUACUACAUCAAGAGAACCGUCAUCCGACGUGAUCGCAGUUCAAGUUCUGACCACCAUCACAAGCGUCACUUGGCAGAGGGCGGUCUUGCUGGCGCAGGCCUGGCUGCUUUGCUUUCCAGCCGACAAGGCCGGGACGGAAAGUUUCAGGAGCACAGAGGUCAGAAGGUUUUGGCUGGUGCUGCUCUUGGUGCUCUUGGUACCGAAGUCGUCAGACGUGCCCGUAGCGCCUACGAGGACCGUUAUGCAGAAGACGAUCGUUAUGGCUACGACGAUGACCGCCACCGCCACAGAAGCAAGUCAAGAAGCAGACUGGCGACUGGCUUGGCUAUUGGAGCUGCCGCCCUUGCUGUCGCUGGUGGCCUGAAAUAUAUGCAGAGCGACAAGGUCGAGAAGGAGGAGGCCACGCGUGGUCGAAGCCGCCGAAGGUAUUCAAACUCGUCAAGCUCUAGCAGCAGAUCUGGCCGCCGCCGGAGCCGGAGCAAGUCGAACGCCGCAAAAGCUGCAGUUGCCACGAGUGCAAUCGCUGGUCUCGUCCACCACUAUCGAUCUAAGUCGCGCGGCAAGUCGCGGUCCAAGUCCCGCAUUCGGACUGGAGCGGAAAUCGCGGCUGCUGGCCUGACUGGAGCUGCUGCCAGCAAAUUGUGGGAAAGACAGAAGGACAAGAAGGAGAGAAAGGAGCACCACCGCUCCCGUGACCGGGGUUAUGAAGAUGACGAUUAUGACCGCCGGCACCGUGGCCGCAGCUACUCAAGAAGUCCUUCCAGGUCCAGGCCUGGUACCAGUGGCUCCUAUAGUUCCCGGGGUUGAGUACGGCAGCGAGCCUCUUGACGGCUCGACCUCUGAUGGAAGGAGACGACGCCGACACCGGCGGCACCACGAUUCGAACGGCCGUGAUAGAUCCUCGUCCGCCUCCAACUCCGACAUCAAGAAGAAAAGAAGCCGAAGCCGACUCCGGGAAGCUGCCGCUGGUAUACUGGGCACUGGAGCUGCUGCUAUCGGCAUCAAGAAGUACAAUGACCAUCAGAAGAGCAAGGAACGGGAACGUGAAGCAAGAUCGCGGGAGCAGAGCAGAGAGAGAUCGCCAGACCACCGGAGUAGAGAUAGGAAGUCUCGGGG